CCACUUGAACCUGGAGCAAUGGCACGUGACUCCACACUGCGUUGGACAUUCUCCUAAAAGACUGCUUUCUUAUAUGGAGACAAACAUGAUAGCAGUUCUACUACUCACAGGGUCAUACUCAAUGAUGUCUUGCAGUGUCACCCCGUUUACCUUUGUAUCAAACAACCAGACGUGGGAUGCUGCCCAGAGUUAUUGCAGAAGUACAUUUACAGACCUGGCAACAGUUGAAAAUGAAGAGAUAAAUCAGCAGCUGGUAAACAUCUCUCAAGGGAAAUCAUUCUGGAUUGGUCUGAGACGUAACAGAGACAACUGGCAGUGGUCAAGUGGGGAAAAAUUUACUUAUACUAACUGGAAUAGAAACUUCUUCUGUGCAUUUGUUCAAUCAGAUGGAUUCUGGAAUGAUACUAUCAGCAGUACCAAAAUGCCUUUCAUGUGUUACAAUGAAAGCAAUAACAUUAGUAAGAGGUAUUUCUGGAUAAACGAGAGCCUGACAUGGAGUAGAGCUCAGAACUACUGUCGCGUGAACUACACAGACCUGGUCAGUAUUAAAAAUGAAACUGAAAAUCAGGAGAUAAUGAAGAAUGCAAACAGCUUCCCCUUUUGGAUCGGCUUAUUUAAUUACCCAUGGAAAUGGUCUGAUGGUGGGAAUUCAACAUUUCAAAACUGGAGAGAUGAUCAGCCAGAUAAUUGGAAACUAAUGGAAAAGUGUGCGGCAUUUUCACAGUCAAAUUGGAAUGAUGAAAAAUGUAGUUAUCAGACCUACUUUGUGUGCUACAAUAAGUCUUGCACUCCAAUCUCCUGCACCAGCACAUACAUCUUUGUGCAGUAUUUAUUGUCCUGGGAUAAUGCUCAGAAGUACUGCAGAGCAAACUACACAGACUUGGUGACAAUUGAGGACCAAACAUUGAAUGACCAACUGCUAAAUAAGACAGCACGGCGAUACUCUUGGAUUGGACUUCGCCAUGAAAAUGACAACUGGCGUUGGUCCAAUGGAGAACCUCUAGCCUACACAAACUGGAAACGGGAGUUUUUCUGUGCUGUGCUCCAGUCAGAUGGCUCUUGGAAUGACUUGGUAUGUGGUGAAGAACAUCCUUUCAUGUGCUUUAAAGAAACCAGUAACAUCAGUGAGAGAUACUCAUGGAUAAAUGUUAACAUGACAUGGAACAAAGCCCAGCAGUACUGUCGUGUGAAUUACACAGACCUGGUCAGUAUAAGAAAUGAAAGCGAAAAAAUGGAAAUAAUGAAGAAAGCACAAGGCAAUCCCUUCUGGAUCGGUCUGUUCAAUGACCCAUGGAAGUGGUCUGAUGGUGGACAGUCAAAAUUUAAAAAAUGGAGCAAUCAGGAGCCAAAUAAUUGGAGUCUUAAUGAAAAAUGUGUGGAGAUUUGGCCAAAUGGAACUUGGAAUGAUGCUGACUGCAGUUUGCAGAAACCAUUUAUUUGCUCACAAAAUUUGGUGGAUAAGAGGAUAAAGAUGAGAGUCCGUAUAGAUGUACAGAGUGGUCUAAAUCCUGAGGAUCCAAAAAUCAGUGAUGCCAUCCUGAAUCAGAUCAAAGAGAAUCUCCUGAAUCAAAAUUUGACGGGACAUCUUCAGUGGAAAGAAACGAAUGGAAAUAUUUUCAAUGUGAUAAAUAGUGAUGAAAACAAUAACACUGGAUAGAAAUCAGCUUGCAGGUUUAUUUGGACAACAUUCUGCUUCUCUCAUUUCUAUGAUGCUACUGUAAAAUUUACAAUAAAGUAGUAUCUCAGACUGCUACAUUAUAUGUUUUUAAUGUAUAAGCUUAUUGUUGGGUUUUGGGUCAGUUCCUGGACCUUUAUACUUUGUCAAUGAAUAUCCAUCCAACCCGCUAUAUCUUAACUACAGGGUCACGGGGGUCUGCUGGAGCCAAUCCCAGCUAAC